UCACUCUUUGUCUUCACUCUUUCAAUUCAAGUCAUAAACCAUCCACACGAACACACCCACCAACAUUAUCCCACUUCCUUAAACCUCCCACAUUCAGCCAAAGAAACUGUAGACCCACACGUAAAGUUCGAAUCUUUUCCCCAUUUUGCUAUCUGGGUCGGGUUUCUUUUUCCAUUUACCGGGUUCAAGAAGAAGUUUGGCAAAACGGGUCUUCCUGUGUGGAUGUUGGGGCUCAGCGUGGACCGGCUGCGGGCUGACAUGAACCGCCUGCUAGCGUUGCUCUUCCACCAGGGAGUGUUGGAUGAGCAGUUCUUACAGCUGCAGCAACUGCAAGAUGAGUCCUCUCCGAACUUUGUUUCCGAGGUUGUCAACAUUUACUUCCACGAGUCCGAGAAGCUCUUGAGAAACCUCAGAGCGUUACUGGUGGAUAAAGAGUUCUCGGACUACAAGAAAAUGGGAGUGCAUUUGAAUCAGUUCAUGGGGAGCAGUUCCAGCAUUGGUGCCAAAAGGGUCAGAAAUGUGUGCGUCGCCUUUCGCGCUGCUUCCGACCAAAACAACCGUGCCGGGUGCUUGAGGGCUUUAGAGCUGCUAGAGUAUGAGUACUGUUACCUCAAGAACAAGCUGCAUGAACUGUUCCAGAUUGAGCAGCAGAGAAUCCUGGCAGCCGCAGUCAGAUACCCAGUGCAGCAGCACCACCACCAGCAACCAAACAACCCUUAACCCUUAAGGAAGGUGUGUUCAAUUUCAGCUGGAGACAGAAAAGGAAAUGAAAAGAUUGUUGAUAGUGACAGAAUUUCACCUGCAGUGAAUUCUUGGAGGGCUGUUUGGCAUUGUGGUUGACAAUUAAGUUGAACCAAAGCAUCCGCAGGCAGCUUCUGAUUCUGAUACCAAAUCCCCAAUCCCAACAGUAAAAGUUUUAUUAGUAGGGCUUCAGCUUUAGAGCUUGUUUAGAGCUUUUUUCAUGUAAGCAAAAGCGCCUACUAAAUCUCACUCACAUUUCUAUCACUCUCUUCCACUCUAUCUUA